CUUGAUUGGGUCUAGAAGACAACUUAAUAACAAUAAGUUAAUAAUUCUAGACACGCACACUUUGUAUAAAUCAGUGUUUUACGCGUUGUUUAGGAACAAAUGUCAAAUGAACGGUAAUUACUUACUUAGUGCAGCUACUUCUUGUGCGAGAAUGCGCUGCUGACCAGCAUACUCCAUUCAACUAUGUCCUAGACAAGCUCCACCAGAUGUCUCCAGCUGCUAUCUAUUCUUUUGAUGUCUGCCUCCUAUUACUUUCCGUUUACCUUCAUGACUCUAAGUCAGGGCUUUCCUCGUGAUUCAACUGGAUGAUUUCCUCAAUGUAUGUUCUGUCCACCUCCAGUGUCUUUUCCUAAUUCCCUCUUCAGUUGGAAGUUGCUUAGUUCUCUACCACAGUAGUUCGUUGCUGAUGGUAUCCGACCAACGGACAUUCGGUAUCUUACAAAGACAGUUCUUUAUAAAUACCUGUACCUUCCUAAUGACGGUUGUGGUAGUUCCCGAAGUUUCAGCUCCGUACAGUAGAACUGUCUUUACGUUCGUAUUGAAGAUUUUCACUUUGAUAUUGGUUGACAGUAGUUUUGAGCUCCAUAUGUUCUUCAACUGUAGGAGUGCGGCUGUUGCUUUGCCAAUCCUCACCUGCACACCUGCAUCGAAUCCUCUCUGUUCAUCGAUGGUGCUACCCAGAUACGUGAUAAUUUCCACCUCUUCCAGAGCACCUCCAUCAAGUGAGAUUGUGUUGGUGUCUUGUGUGAUGUAUUUGAGGAUGCUGCUUUUUGCCUUGUGUAUGUUGAGGCCUAUUGCUGCAGAGGCUGCUGCUAAACUGGUUGUCUUCAUCGGCAUUUAUGCGUGUGUAUGGAAUAGAAGAGCUAGGACAUCUGCAAAGUCCGAAUCGUCUAGUUGCAUCCAGGUUGUCCAUUGUAUUCCGUGUUUCCCCUUGAGCAGUAGAAACUAUAGAUUAACUUAUUUUUUAUGCCAUGAGCCAGUGGAUUAUCGUUUCAAGUUACUCCGAAAAUAAAAUUUUUGCUGGUAACGAGGAUCAAAGGUUGAUGAACGAAGAAGGCAGAGCAGAGAGCCUUGACUGAAACGCUAAGUUACUGGAUCUAAAUUACCCGAACGAUU